UGUCCCUCUAUCAAGCUCAGUAGCCGCUAAAGCUACACGCUGAAGGUUCUGCUUGUUACCUCUCUCUUUUUCGAUCUUGUGGGGCUUUGAACUGCUGACAUGUUCUCUAGUAAAGAUUCGUGGUUGAGCGACUACGACUCUGUGGUGCAGCUGGGAGCCAGGAUAGGGACCAAGAUCAGGGAACGGGACGAGCAUGAAAGAGGCACACUCCACAGAAAUAGGUUGGAUACCUCGGUGGAGCGGAUGGUGGCAGACUAUCAGAAGCGACUGCAGAGCCUCAAGGCCUCCCUACACAAGCUGUCCACCAGCAGGAACCUGUCAGAACUAGAGUAUGAAAAGAGAAAAGGCAUGCUUCAAGAGCUGUCAGACAAGUACAGACAAUUGGAGACGGCUAAAUCAAGGGGCUGGGCUCCAAGCUACCAGGCAGUGGAUGUGGAUGGGUGGGGAGGAGGACCAGGUGUUGGUCAGAGAUUAUCGGCUGAAGAGGUCAGAAUGCAGCAACAAGCCAUCAUUGCUGAGCAGGACCAAGGGCUGGACCAACUGUCACAGGCUCUUCGCAGACAGAGGGAAGUGGGACUGGUGAUACAGGACGAGGUCGUGGAUCAGAACUUAUUGAUAGACGACAUCCAGCACGGUGCAGAGGUAGCCAACACUAAGGUCCGCUCGCAGACUCGCAGGAUCGCGGAGGUCAGACGCAAGGACUCCUGCAGAUGCACUUGCUUGCUCUGGACAAUCAUCGUCGUACUGUUUAUUCUGAUUUUGAUUGUCGUCUUUGUCAAGUAUGAUGGAAGACCUGGCUAUUAGCCUUUUAUACCCGCCGUGUGUGUCCUUGUGUGUGCAUAUUUAUUAUUAUUUUUGUUGAGAUGAUUUUAUUGGUUUCAAAUCAUGAUUGUAAAAGCUCUAAUCGGAGUCAAAUUAUUAUUUGGAAUCCUAAUCUGAGUCUUGCUGAGUUGGUGAAUGCUCCUCGUUGUCACUGUUGAUUGAGAGCAAGUACUUUCUCAUCUUCACCUGUUCUUCAGUCAGUAUGUACUCAUCAAUCUCAUCAUCUAAAUCACUGAGGUUUUCAUCUUCUCCUCCCCCUCCACCUCCUAUCUCCCCCACAACACUGUUGGCAAACACCACAGGCAGCAGUGAGGAGACCGCACUCUUUCUCGCCCUCUUCCUCGGCCGUCUCCUCUUAGUCCCACUUUCCCCCUCCCCUUUCUCCGCCCCUGUA